AUGGCGGCUUUAACUGAAGGCGUGAAACGGCACUUUCCGUUGCAAAACGUGAAAGAUGUUAUUCAUUUAUUUAAAGCUCAGAUUGAGAAUAAUGAUGAACCUAAUUUAGCAUUACUCUCUAUUGUUGUUGGAUACAUUGAGAAUUUGCUGACAUGCAACAGGGUUUUACCUUUAAAUAGUGACGUAGAAAAUGUCCUUGAACCUAUGUUUCCAGUGGUUGAUAUUUCCACGGUGGAUGCAUUAUACGCCAAGUUCAAAUGUCAGAUUAAAGGUUCAGUGGAUUUGACUCAGUAUCGCAGCAGCCGUUGCGCUACCCGUGAAUUAGUAAAGAAAGUGUCUGAUAUUAUUUGGGGAUCUUUAACGAGAAGUUAUUAUAAAGAUCGCGCACAUCUGCAAUCUCUUUUCAGUUAUUUAACCGGAAACAAACUGGACUGUUUUGGUGUUGCAUUUGCUGUUGUUGCUGCAUUUCAAGUUUUGGGAUAUAAAGAUGUUCAUUUGGCAUUGUCUGAAGAUCAUGCUUGGGUCACAUAUGGCAAAGACUCGGAAGAAACUGCUGAAGUUACGUGGCAUGGGAAGGGGAAUGAAGACAAAAGGGGCCAACCAGUAACAUGUGGUGUUACUGAAAAAUCUUGGCUGUACCUGAAUGGCUAUCCAGUUAGGUGUACAAGACGUAUGGAAGUAGCAGCCCUUGUUUCUGGUAUUAACCCUUCUAUUAAUGCUAUGUCUGACAGUAUAGAAUUGGCUCGAUUACAGCAGCAACUUCUAUGGCUCUUGUAUGAUUUAAACCAUUUAAAAACUUACCCAAUGGCUUUGGGAAAUCUUGGUGAUUUGGAAGAGAUAUCUCCUAGUCCUGGUCGUCCUCCACCUAUAGAACUCUUUCGAGAGUCUAUAUUAGCUGCUCAAAGUUAUUAUUGCAAUAUGCAUGUUUAUCCAUAUACAUACCUUGGAGGGUACCUCUACCGGAAUGGACGUUAUAAAGGUGCACUUGAAGCCUGGGCUAAUGCUGCUGAUGUAAUUAGAAAGUAUAAUUAUAGUCGAGAUGAUGAAGAGAUAUAUAAAGAAUUUUUGGAAAUAGCAAAUGAAUUGAUUCCACAUAUAGUCAAAGUAGUCAGUUCUAGUGGAUGUGAACCAUCAGGUCAGGCAGAAACUCCUUUACUGCAAGAUCCUGAAUGUUUUGCAUAUUUAUUACGUUUUUAUGAUGGAUUGUGUGAAUGGGAAGAGGGAUCUUCUACUCCUGUUCUGCAUAUAGGAUGGGCAAAACCACUUGUAUCCACAAUUUCCAAGUUUCCUGGAAGUGUGAGAUGUAUGGUAGAUAUCACAGCUUCUGGAAAUAAAUUAGAUAUAGAUGAUGAUGCAACUGAAUAUGAAAAAAACGAAGAAAAAAAAUCCCCUGAUAGACUACCUAUUAAAAGUGGAAAAGAAAACUCUGUUAAUGGAUCAUCAGAGGAAAAAUCUUCAAAGUCCAAUAAAAUCAAAAGUGCUUCUUCGGAAGAGGGAGGUAGGGGUAAAAGUAGGCGAACAGCAACAGCAGUUGGCCAAGAAUCUGAGUUCUUGCAGAAUCUAGAAACACAGAUUAACUCUGAUGAAGAGCCUCAUCCCAAUAUCAAAGCUUUGGCUGCAGCAUGUGCAGAUAAUAUUUUAAACCCGGAAUAUCUGUUAGGAUCGGGUGAGCCUUUUUCUUCUCGGUCAUCUAGUGCGUCAUCAUCAACAGAAGCACAUGAUGUACUCAUUUCUAAACCAAAUGGAACUUCUCUUCCUGACCAGUGCAUGGAAACAGGCUUAGAUAUAGACUCAGCAUCUAGGUUUUUGCAGGUUGAUAACAAGAUCACAGAUUCUGCAUGUGUCACUUUGAUGAGUCAGAAGAUGAAAGGCUUAAAAGAUUUAUUGCUUGCUGAAAAAUUAAAUACAUCAGCAAUCCAGUUACUGCUUACUGCACAGUCUCAAGUUCAAGUUGUAAAGAGGGGGCGUCAAACAAAUGAAUUUGAUUUCAUGUCUGCUGGACGCACAACGAAGAGAAGUAGGCGAGAAUAACAGGCCAUAGUCAGGCCACCGGUGUGUGAUACUUAAAAGGCGACGGAAAAAGUGUCGCAGCUGUGAUUCGCAUGUGUAUAUGGCCCAUUGUCAAACUUCUUCCUUUACUGUCUUUGAUAUUUGUUUCAGUAAGUAAAUAUAUCAAGAUUGUACUUAGGAGAAGUGCUAAAAUGGUGUAUAAAAUACACCUGAUUUUCCUGUUGUAUUUGUCCCAGAAAUAUAUCAAAAGGAGAUCAAAAUUAGGUAUCUGUAUCAGUGUUAAAAAAGCAUUGCUUAUAUAACAAAGUCUGAUGAAGGUGGUGAUUCUUUGCUCUUUGUCAGAGGCAAUAUGUAAAUGUCUUUAUUCUCUGUUACAAAUGUUGUUAUUCCAAAGUUAAAUUCAUCUCUGACUUUCUGUUAUUAGAUGAAAAGGCAGAAAUGAAAUAAUUUUCUCUUUGUGGUGCAGUAUAAGGUUCAUAUUUCACUGUUGUGUUGUAAACCUUGUGUGAUAUGAAACAUACACAUUAUUUGUUGAGCAUAUUUUAUUUUGUAUCUUAACCCUUUGAGUGGCACAGCUUUUUGGAUCUGCUUAUAAAAAGCUGUGUUUAAACAGCAUUUACUUGUUAGUUACUUAUAAUUACUGAUUUUACUCUUUUUUAUGGUAUUACAUUCAUUUGGAUGAUCAUUAAAGAAAUAAGAAAACAAAGUUGUAUAUAAAAUGACAUUAAUCUCACCACUGAUAAAAGUGAUUGUGCUGCUCUAGGGUUAAAAAACAAAGUUCCAGUGCAUUUUUUAUGCUGUCCUUAUGAUAAAAUACGUGAAACUAAAUUUGUUAUGCAAAAAUUGAACAUCAGCUUUUAUUAUGCAUCAUUCCCAUUUCAUUGCACAAUUGUUACAUUUGCAAUAUCUGUUUUGGGAGCUUGCAUUAUUUAUCAUAAUGAUGUAAUCCAUACAUUGUGAUUUAUAAUUUUUAAAACUUCUUUUGUUUGGUGGCGUAGCUGUACGUAAUUUUAAGAUUUAUUUGGCUAAUAAUUGACAUUUUGUAUUAAUUUGUCAUAAUUUUUUUAAAUUCUCCUUUUUCCCCAUAAUUGUACUAUUGUAUUGUGAUGAUCAUUUAGAACUAGAAUAUUACGAUUGUCAACUACUUGAUCUUGGUUUCAAAAAAGCUAUUUAGCUUAUAAUUAAAAUUCUCCAGGACUUCUUUCAUGGUACCAUAUUGCUGAUAUAUAUUGCAAUGAAGAUUUGGAAGAAUUCCACCAUUUAGUUGAACAUCAACAUUUAUUGUAUACCAUGUGUCACAUACAAAAUUAAUUUUUUGAUAAUUCUUAACGCAAUUUUAUUUUUAUAUACAAUUGUUAUACUUCAUCAUUCAUUUUGGAGCACAAGGAUUUAAAAAUUAUUUGCUAGAUAUUUGACAGCUGAAUAUCUGUAACAGCACCCUCUGUUAGUCUAACUUAUUGAGCAGUUGAAGACACUACAGUCUUAACUUCCUUCCCUCACAGGAACUUUUCAAAGUGCAGUUUUUAAAAAUUAAACUGCAAUAUUAAUGAACUAGCACAAUCUAGUAGUUUAUUUUUCUUGUAAAAUUAGAAAUUCAAAUAUGACAAAGUAUUUUUUUUUGAACAAAACAGUCAAAUUGUGUUUCGUACAUUACAAUAAAAACAUGCUUUUUGUUCAACAAAAAUCUGUCAAAAUUGCUCUUAAUAAAUGAAGCAUUAGAAUAAAUAAAAAAUUCAAGCCUUUAACAAAUUAAAAUUUUUGAUUUGGGACAGAGCCAUUAUUGGUCGAACAUCGACCUUGAUUUUAUGCCAUUUGCCGCAUGCAGAAUCAUUUUUUAAAUAAUUCAUAACACAGUUACUACAUAGUCUGUCUUCAAGUGCAAGGAACUUCUGUUUCUUCAAACACGAAAAUCACCUUCAUUUCUCGCUGCGUAUUUGAUAGCGUAAGCAGUGCCCAUUAACAGUCUUAUUUGACAAUUGAAGACACCACAGUAAUAAUCUAAAACUGUUUGACAACAUCAUAUCCAAAUUUACAUUUGUUAGGUUGUAGAUUUUUUUAUAUAAAGUAAAAUAUUGUCAAAUAAUAUAAUAUGUUGUGAAUUUGGAAUUAAUGCAGAAGCCAAAUAACUUGAUCAGCAUUUUUUUUUUUUACAAUAUCUAUUUUUAAGAGUGUUAGAAGAAACAUCUUAAUAGCUUUUACAUAUACUUUUUAAGCUUCUUUAUAAAUUAAAAUGUGCUAAUAUACAAGAUGAAACAAAAUACAGAACUUCUAUAUUUUUAUGUAAGAAUUUUGAAAAUGUGUAUCCCAAUGCUGGUAGGACAUUAAGGUUUUUAUGAACCUCGAACAUAUUUUUAUUUAUCAAUGAGAAAGUACUUAUUCUGAAAGUAAACAUUUUUGAAGAAAUAUGUUAAUGAUGAAUUUUAAUUUUAAAAAGAAUUCUCAGUAGUAUAUUUAAGCUAACAAUGUACAAUGUCAAAAGAAUAUUGUGUUAUUUGUUUUAUUUAGGCAUUAAUUUUUUGGAUGUUUUCAGUGUCCUCCAAUCUAGUGCUUAAUUGGUGGAGAGCUGUAUUUCAAAAUAUUGCAGAUACAAUUCCAGUCAACCAUAACAAAUGAAUUGCACAGUCCCCACCUCCCAUUAUAAGUAAAUUAUAAGUUAUGUUUCCAAUAUAUAUUCACUUAAAUAUAUGCAAAAUUUAUUCUAAAAAUACUUAAAUUGUAAUCAUUAUCCGGAGAAUCUUGCUUGGAUGUUUAUGGCUGUUUGCUAUUCAGGAUGUUGAAGUUUGUUGGCUGCAUAAUUUGUUUAAAUAAAAGUAAAUAACGAAGUCCAUCAUAUUGGUUUCUAUGAGGACAAUUUUAAAAAUAGCGAAAGGAAAUAAAACCUCAAUGAAUAUUUUAAAAGUAAAAUGCAUUAAGUGUCAUUGAGUGUUUAAGGGCUUUUGUAAAUAAACUAUAAUGAAAAAUCCGAAAUGUUGCAAAAAAUGCCAAAAUGUUGCUACCAUAUUAUCCUACACUAAAAAAACAAACAAAAAAAAAGUGAAGGAGAAGGAUAAAUUUAACAAUAAAAAUCAAAUCAUAGUCAUUUGAAAAUCUAGAUGGACUUGCACAAAGUAGCAUCAAUCAAUUUGUGUGAUAUAAUCUGCUUCAAACUAUCAUUUUAAAAAAAAAUCAUAUUACAGAUUUCAUGUAAAAUUCAAUAAAGCAGAGCAUAAUAAAAUAAUUGUAUUUGCAUACAAAAAUGAAUUUUUCAGGUCCUUAAAAAUUCAUAAUUCAAGUAAGAGAAAACUUGUAUUUUCCACCUUAUUUUAAUUUUGAAUAUAAUGCCAGUUUAACUGAUUUGAUUAGUUACAAAAAUAUAUAUUAUUAUUUAAGGGCUUUAUCUGUCGCAAAGUUUACAUCCCUUUUGCUGUAAUAUCUGAAAUGAUGUCAAUUAUUUAAAUUUUGAGAGAGAUCUGUGAACUUUUAACUUGCAGGUGCAUUCUUGAGAAACUAUGUCAGAAAUUUUAUACACAGUAUGAAUAUUAACAAUAUUCUCAAUUAUAGUAAUCAUCCAGCUUAUCAAGAUUAUUAACAGGUGAUGAUUAUACCAAGAGCUUAUUAAUUUUGUCAUCUGCAUUUAUAAAAUUAAUACAUAUGGAAAAUAUACAUAAGAAAUAUAUAUAAUAAUACAUAAGAAAUUUCAUACAUAUGGAGUCUUAUAUUUGAAAUCAUUUAAAAUUAAAAAAAAAAUCUCCACAGUAUUACUGAAUUUUUACUUCCUACAAUAUAAUAGUAAAAAUCAGCAGUAAAAUAAAUCAGUAUUCAAAUGAACUUUUUUGAAAUACCAAAAUUGUAGUUGGAUGUAUUUCAAGGGAAUUUAAAUAUUUUUCAGAUUUUAACUAAAUGGAUAUUAGAAAUUUAAGUAAAUUUUUUUUUUAAAUAUGCUUCUUAAAAAAAUUCAUGCUGGGGGUUUUGUUUUUGAAAUGGUUAUUUUUUAUGGCUGUGCAUAUUAAAAGCUGAUGACUAAAGGCAAAGGAAAAGCUUGUAUUUUGCGUUAAAAUUUAUUUUUAUAUACAUUUGUUAUGUUUUUAGAGUUGUUUUGGUGAUUGUUGUAUCUUGGGGGUUCUUUGCAUUAUAACAUGUAUAUAAUCAGUAUUUAAAUGCUGAAAUUUAAAGUAUGUUUGUUGUAUCAUUUUAUUUUUUUUUAUGAUCUAAAUUGAUAUAACCAUUCAUGGAAUCUUGUGUGAAGGAAGAAAAUUUUCUUGAAGAUAUGCAAGUUUUAUUGACUUAAUUCGUUUUUCAUAACAGCAUUUGCAGUAUGAUUUGAAGUAAUUGUUAAGAAAAAAUUAUCACAAAUUUGUAUGGGAAGUUUAGAUGAAGUCAGAUUUAUGAAAAGUUAAGAACAUUAUCCUUUGACUGUUAUGAGGCUAGCUAAUCUCAAUAAAUAUUUCUAUCAGGUUCUGAUUUCUUAUUUAACACCUAAGGGUUUUCUAUUUUCCCUUUCUUUGUCAGAAAGAUGCAGUAUGAACAGUGCAAAUUAAUAUCUAAGUUAAUGUAGUGUAAAAUUUUUUAUUAUCAUAUAGCAUGUAACUUUUUCAUUCUUUCUUCUAAGAGCUAAUAUAUAAAAUAAUAUUUUAUGUGUAGUGUUGUAGUUUUAUGUUUGUAAACUUAAAUGUUUUUAUUUUUCUCAAUUUCAUUAAUUUUGUUUGAUCAUCUUUUCAUUUAGUACUUAUUCAGAUUAAAUUGCAUCCCCAACAAUAUGCAAUGAUGUAGGUUUCAUACUAUGAAUGCUGCAACUGUCUUCUUUGAGAAAAUUGUUGAGUCGAAACAACUCAAGUUUCUUUUUUCCCUCAAUGCAUUUUGAUUUGUUUUUUUCCAAAGUAAAAAUUUCAUGAUUCCUCUCUCUCCCCUUUUUUUUGUUAAUAUUUCCAAAACAUUCUAAAAUGUUUUAUUAUAUUAUCUAACUUAAAACCCCAAGAAUCUGUUGAUACAUCUGCAUUGUAUAAUGAAGAUUUUGCAUUAGGCCCUUUAAUGUAGCAUAUGUUGCCAUAGUUUAUGCACUAAUUAUUAAAAAAAAUAUCUGUUGAUAUUUUGUGUUCAUUACUGCAGUAUGCAUGUAUAAAUAUGUCAUGUUUCAUUUGAGAGCGAGAAUUGAAAUAUCUUACGAGUGAUGGAAGUUAUUUUGUAUUUUUUGAAACCUUUUUACUCUUAUUAGAAUUUUAAGAAUAAAACAAAAUUAACAUGGGGGGGGAAACUUACACUGUUUUAUAUCAUAUGAUUAUUAGAACAUAAGCUGUGUUUUAAACACUGCCACAGAAUGAGACACAUUUAGCUAAUGAGAUUGAAGUGUUCAGUAAAUCUAUAUAAAUGUAAGUUGUUUAUGAUAAUAAAAUUGACUUGAAGGAUAUUUUAUGCGAUAUAGAAGAAAAAGUAGUAAAUCUGUCUGAGCUGCUUUUUUUGCUUUUAUAAAUGAACAGCAAAUUUUUUAACUUAAAAAUGCUUUUGGGGAAAAAAAAAAACUGAAUAAUAAUAAAGCAAAUUAUAUAUGUAUUUUAUUUUAACUUCUAAUUUUUUUAUAUGACACAUAAGCUUUAAUGUAUCACGACAUACUCUUUUCCUUCCUCAGUCCUAAUAAUACACUUACAUUGGUUACUUACAUUUGUAUUCCCCCCUUUUUUUUAACAGAUAACAAAAGUAAGCAUUAAAUGCAUCUGAUGUCUGUUAGAAAUGACUUAUAAUUAAGCUAGUUGGACUCAGUUAUUGCUUUCAGAUACUUAUUAAAAGUUAUGCAUUCCAUUUAUAAACAUUCCAUGGUAUGUUUCCAUAUGUAUGGCAUGCAUUUAAAUUGUAAAUAGAUAGAUAUUUAUCUUUUAAUGAAAUAACAAAUGUUGUUUUUUACAAGGAACAAUCUCUGAAAAUCUUAAUCUGGCCCAGUAAAUAUAUUAAAACAGAAAAUGUUUAGUUUUUAAUAUAUUUACUGGGCCAGAUUAAGAUUUUCAGAGGUUGCAAGCACUUAAAGGAUUUUGGUGUCCCCACAUAAAUUUCCGCCUCCCCCCAUUUCCUUCUCUCUUAGUCACCUGCACCAUAUAUUCCAUGGUAAAAUUGACAAUAGGAAAUUUUAGUGGCACCAUUCCUAAAGACCAUUUUAUGAUGCCCUUUUUUCCUUGAUGCCUGUGCUUAUUUAGCUUAAUGCUCUGAUUAUUUAUGUAUCAUCCUUCAGUAAACUAAAGUAACUUUUUAAUAAAUUUAUGAAAACAAAAUUUUAUUGCUAUUAUAAAUAUCCAAAGAUUUACAAGUAGUAAUCUUAAAAUAAUUUCUUGGUAUCUGAAUGCAAAAUAUAAUAUCAGUCUAUUGAUCUUUUCAAAUAUGAUUAGCUUCUGCAUUAAAUUGUGUAAGUCAUUAUUUAGAUAUUUGAAAAUUAAGUAUGAUUUAAUAUGGUAAAUAUGCAGAAUAAUUUUAAAACUGUUACAAAUGCAUUAUUGUUACAGAAUCUUCUUUUCUUAUGUCUUUUAAUGUUGUAAAAACUUGAUUUACUGUUUUUUUCUAAAUAUUUAGAAGUAAUUUUUCAUUCAUGUAUAUAGUAAUUUGCUUAAACUUAGAUUGUUCAAAUCUAAACCACAAGGCAACAUUUUGUUUAUUGCAUCCUUUUCUCCUCCCCUUCUUUAUUAAAUCUUUAACUUGUCAUAAGCUCUGUUUGUUCUGCCACAUUAAUUUGAUUAGUAAGUCUUUGAACAGUUAAUCAUAGUAUUCUUUAAUUUUGUUUGAGAAGUUUCAUUUAUGUAAUUUAUUUGAAAAACUGUAAUUUUUGUUGAAUAGUAUCCAACACAAAUUCUGAAAUCUGAACGUACUAUAUCCGAAAUGAUUUACUAAUAAUGGGACUUUUAAAUAAAAAAAAAUUAGUCUUGUUUUCUGAUACAAAAGCUAAGAAUGGAGAAUAGACAAGAAAAAAAGCAGACGUGCUGUAAAGGCAAUUUUUCUCCUGUGUAACUGAGAUUCCUGCUUGUCACUUCCAAACAUUUGUUGGUUAGAGACCAGUGACAAUGACAAUUAUUGACAUUGGCCACAAUGAGAAAUCUUGAUACAGCAUUUACAGGGCUUGAACAGUUGAACUUCGUAACUGAACAAGAAUUUAUUGAUAUAUAUAUAUAUUAUAUCAAUAACUAUGUUACAUGUUUUUGUUAGCACUUUUAUUAUAUCUAGUACACAGUGUCACUAUUUGAUCUGUUUAAUUGUUAUAAAGGGAGCGAGAUAUAAUUUGAAGCUUACAUUAGUGACAUUUUUACAUCAUAAAAUAAGCUAGCAAUGUUUUUAACUUAAAUAUUUCUUUAAAGCUUUCUUUUGUGCAUUUCUAGUUUUCAAAAUUGCAUUUAUAUUAAUUUUAGUAUUUUUUGUAUGCACAUGUUUUUAUUUGUUUUAUCUAUAAUAACUAUGCUAAUUUAUAUUAAGAGAAGACAAUUGAACCAUUUAUUAGUUUAUAUUGAUUUUAGAAAGAGGACUUCAAAAGAAUCUUGAAUGUAUUUUAUAUCUUUAAUAAUUGAAAUGUAUUUUUAAAAUGUUUCCAAACAUGCUUAUUAUUCACUUUGAUUUCUGAAAAGUAAAAAAGAUAAUUAUGAUACAAGAUAGUUUAAAAAAUUGACCAUCUUUUUACUAACUUUGUUUUUCCAAACUUAAAUCAUUGUUUGCCAAAAAUGCUUGCAUGGAUCAUGAAUAUUUGUUAAUUAAUCAUUAAGAAAUUCUGAAUUCAGAAAUUUAAAAAAUGUAAAAUUUGUUAUUAUAUCUGCAAUUAAAUUUCAGUAUGCAUGAAAAAGUGGUAAAUAAAAAAUAUUGUUAUAUGAGUAAAACAUGCAAUAGGAAAAAAAAAAAAAAAAAAGUCAUAAUGAUACAAGUGGAAAGACAAAAACAUUUAAACUUCCAAAGUUUUGGAUAUAAAGUAUGUGGUAAUCAAUCAUAGUUAAUCUUUGAGAAGUUUUUAAGUGUUUCAUAGUUAUAUAUAUAUAUAACUCUUGAAACAUAUAUAUGUGUUUUUAGAAUUAUAACAGGUAAGAAGAAUUAUAUAAAUUCAUUUAUGUUGUAAGUUCAGUUUCAAAUGUGUUUUAUGACAUUAAGAAUUUUAGUUUAAAAGAUGAGUCAAAUUACAGCUCAUUUUCCCAUUUUCUUCAUCAUUCAUAGUAACCAUUGCAAAAUUUAAGUAAAAUUGUAACCAUAUCAUCUUGCUUUUUAUUAUAUGAGAUAUUAAUACAAUAGUGAAGGAGUUGAAGAAACAAGAAUCAGCAUAUAUUUUUUAAUUAGCUGUCACAUUUUAAUCCUAGCAACUUAAAUAGUAUAGUGUUUUGAAUCAGAAGAGCAAUUAAGAUGCUUUUAUUAGGAAAAGUUGAGGAUUGUAGUAUUUGUUCUAAUGCAUUUUCUGACUACUCAUUUCUUUUCCUGUUGCGGCUGUUUUAUUUUUCGUAAAAAAGGCUAACUUAUUUUCUAUGUAAAUUAUGCAUGAGUCUGUAAAAAAUUUAGGGGAAAUUAAGAAUGUUUUUAUGUCUUGUGAAAAUAUAUGUUUUUUUAUUGUUGCAAAUUUUGGUGAAUAUGUAAUCUAUUUCUGUAAAUGGAAUAACCGUUAUCAGAUAUUCAUAUAGGAAUUUAGUUGUGUGAAAUAUAUAAAUUUAAAUUUCAUUAUGAAGUUUAAUUGUGACAAUUAGAAAUUUGUUUUAUAUCUUACUCCCAAGAUAUUUCAAAAUUCUUUUGUGAAUAUUUAUAGAAAUGUAUUUUUACAUUCUUCCUUUGUUUAUUUUAUAAAUUAUUUAUUCAAUUAAAUUAUCUUAAUAAAUUUAAUAAUAUGAUUUUGAAUGGUGAUUAACAUUAUAUGAAAAAGUAAAUUGCCAACAAUCAACCUAUAAUGUAAGAACUCUCUAGUUGUGAUUGUUAUUGCUUAAAAGAUGAUGCUACAGUGGUUGAAAUAAUUUAAAUCAAAACAUAGUCAGUAAUUUUACUAAAAUUAUUUUUGUGAUUAACAAAAAAUAGUAGGUGGUAUUAUUUGGAAAUUUUUAGUAGUUUUUGAAUUUAUGUCGCUAUUUAAAAUUUUUUUUAAAAUUGUAGGUGUCAGCGUGAACUUCACUGUAUAUUUCCAACUAUCUAUGCAAUCAGUUGCUAUUAGGAAGAAAAUGUACAAAUAUAUAAUAGUAGUUACCUACAGUUUUUAUGAAAAAACAGUUGCUGUCGCUUUGUUAGUCAAACAUAUUUGAGCAUUUCAUUUUUUUAAAUAUUAGUAAUUUGUACAUAAUUAUAUUUUAUUUACACAGAUUUAUUAAAGUUCUUUGAUAUUUUUAAAAUGUCAAAAUGGUGGUUAUGUAUUUCAUUUUAUAGCUGC